AUGGAGACCUAUCAAUAUCCUCCUUCAUAUCCAGAUUCCGGCCACUCAUCACCACGUUCAAGAGAUAUCGAUUUCGACAAUCAAGCCUCAUGGGAAGACCAGCAGAACUACAAAGCCAAGUUCAUGUGCAGCUACGGCGGAAAGAUCCAACCACGCAGCCACGACAACCAGCUUUCUUAUAUCGGCGGCGACACCAAAAUAUUAGCCGUCGACCGAAACAUCAAGUUUCAAGCCUUCCUCUCCAAGCUCUCCACUCUCUGCGACGCUAUUCCACAAGAGAUAAGUUUCAAGUACCAGCUUCCAGGUGAAGAACUCGACGCUCUCAUCUCUGUCACAACAGAAGACGACCUCGAACACCUCAUGCAUGAGUACGAUCGCCUCUACCGUCCUUCCUCAAAACCUGUUCGAAUGAGGCUCUUCAUAUUCAUCACUCCAAAUUCGGGUUCGAUUUCUCAACCUGAUCUACUUAAACCUCAAUCCAACGCUGAUUUUCUCUUUGGUAUUGAUAACAAAACCCAAGCUCCACCAGUUCAACCUCCUUCCUAUGCUGCUGUGAAGUAUCAUGAGCCUGUGCCAGAUCUCGUUGCGCAGCAACCUGAGUAUCCACCACGUGGACCCGCGGAUGAUAGUGUGGAGAUUCAAAGGCAGUUACAGCGUUUACAGGUCUCCGAGAGUGAGCAGUCCUUGUAUCGGAGAAGUGUAGAUGGAUUCCCGGGAGGAUAUGCCGCUGCUCCCACUCCCGGAGGCGAUUAUUACUUACAGAAGAUGCCGGAAAAAGCUGCUCCUUCAAAUUCGCCAACUGCUGUUCAUCAACCUGCGGGUUACUGGCCGGAAAAGCAAUUUUCCAGCGACGGUUUUCCGUUGACAGGGAUGAACACUUCCGGUGGAGGAGACCAGCAUGUAUACAUGAUGCCGCCGCCGGGAACAUUCUACCACGCGCCUCAGGUGAUGCGUCCACAGACGGCGCAGGUGACUCAGGGGUACUACGCUGUGCAGCGAAUGUCAUCUGAUGGAUACCGGGAACAGCCGGUGUAUGGUGGCGUUCAACCUCAGAGUGUAGCGUUUUCGUCUGCGGGUCAGGGGAAUUUAGCACCGACUCAGCAAGUCAAACCUUCGGCUUAUGCGGAAGGAUAUGGCUUAGUUAGGCCAGCUGGCGUAGCGGAUAAUGCGGGAGCUGCUGGGUAUGCGCAAGUGGCGUAUGAUAAUGCAAGUGGGAGACAUAUUUACUAUACUGCGCCUGGAGGGAUGGUCCAUGCGCCGCAGUAUCAAGGGGUUACUCCGGUAUUCAGCAAUGACAUGAGACCGGCUGCGGUUCCUGUGGGCCAGGAUUCUAAAGGUGUAAACAAGGGUCCACAAGGAUAA